AUGGAUAUAGCGAUUUUCAUCGCCAUCUUUGCUGCUCUCAGCUUCUGGGGUACGUACGGCAGUGUCCCUUUCACCACCAUCGAUCCCUCUCGUCCUGUUCUUGAUCGUCUUGGCGGCUCUCUUCAAGCGACAACCGUGGUCUACGCACUCGAUUCGGCCGAUCAAUACUAUAACGCGCCUGAUACCAUCAACGAGGAGGCCACCUCCGUUGCAGCUGAUCUCCCCAAACAAACUCCGAAAACGGAGCUGGACCAUCUCAUGGAGAUGGUCAAGGAAGAGUAUGGAGAGAAGGGCAACGUGGUUAUUCUCUUUCCCACGAAAAAUGCAACCCCUUUCGAAUCAACAGUCUCACCACCAGUGACUUUGUUCCCAGACUCUUUGAGUGAUAUGAAUGCGACCGCCACACGUCUGAACAUGGCAACCUACAGACCAAGUCCAAAGACGGGGAACGGCGAUGCAACAAUUCUUUCAUUUAUUGGGGUCCUUUCAGUAAUUUACAUGGUUUGCAAGUCCAUCUUUGGUUGCCCUGAGACUGCUCCUGAACGUGUACCCCAGGGGCUGGAGGAAUUUGAGGACAGGCUGCUACAAAGGGUCUCCGAACACCUUGACCGAAGCAUCGUUCCCUUGCAGGGGUUGGUGUCCAGGCAGGAAGAAUCUGUGACAGUAUCCCUCGUGAGAGAGACCGCUGCGAAAUUCGACAGGUUGGCCGCGGAGUUUCGAGAGCUCCAGCGAGACUAUGCGAGGUCAGCCGCUCCGCGUUCUGACCCGGCGCCGCCUGUCAAUGUCAACGUCAACACGAAUGACGAUGAGGGUGCAUCUACUUUGAAGACUCUCCAUUCAGAACAAGUCGGUCUGAGAGCGGAGCUUAAGCAGGUGCACAGUCAACUGGACAAUCUCCACGAAGAGUCGAAAAUAGGACUAAGGAGUGUCCAAGUCAAACUCGAGGAACAUUUUGACAUCAAGUUGGAUAAACUGCAAAAGGCUUUGGAAGAGCAUCUCGAGAACGUUUCGUCGAAACGGUUGUCCGUCAUUGAACAAGACUUGUUUAUCGAGGACAGGCGAUUCCUUCGUUCUGGUGUUGAGGCCCUAUCAAAGCGAGUGACCUCCGUUGAAAAAGACUUGGAGAAGUUCCUCAGCGAUCAAACGCCUACGGAUCAAAAGGAAUAUGUUCAUCAAAGUCUCGAGACUUUAUCGAAGGAAGUGGCUUCCAUUAAAGAAGGAUUGACAGUUGAUUCCAGUGUUCAAUCUAUCAACGAUCUUGCAAAGGACAUCCAGGGCCUUCAUACCAAUCUCGAGAUCCUGUCGGAGAAAGUCAAUUCCAUUGAAAAAGACUUGAAUGGUGUUUUAGGUGAUAAAACCUCGACCAACCUGAUCCACUUGAUUGACGCCAAUCUGAAAACUUUGUCGGAACGAGUCACCUCUCUUGAAGGCCAAGCUCUUUCUAGAGAUCAAUCCACCGCCGAUUUGACGAACAGCAUAGGAGAUCUUCGUUCAUAUCUUGACAGACUAUCGGAUAAUGUGUCCACCAUCAAAAAGAGCUCGGAAGAUAUCUCCAACGGUCAACUUACUAUCGAUGUUGGAUUAGGAGACCUUCGUUCCAGUUUCAAGACCUUAUCUGAGCGAGUUUCCUUAAUCGAAAAAGACGUAGCAGCUUCUUCUGGUUAUUAUGACGAACUUACUGCAAAUGCCGCAAAAGACGUGGAGAACCUUCGUGCCAAUCUGCAGACUCUAACGGAGCGGGUGUCUGCAAUCAAUGAGAAAUUGACGGCUGUCUCUGGGGACCAUGAUCGAUCAACCGCUAAUCUCACGAAGAACCUGGAUGAACUCCGCACCAGUUUCGAAAAGCAGGCUAAAGACUCAAAAGAAAUCACCGGACAAGUACAAAAGAACCUGGAUACUUCACUGGACUCCUUCAGGAAGGAAUUGAAUCAACAGGAGGCGACGAUUAAAAAGAAGCUCGCUGAGCUUGUUACUGCCACGCAACGAUCGAGAGACAUGCACUCUGCGGUCAACCAGAAGGAAUGGCGGACUCUUGCGGAUAAGGUUGAUAUGGUUGCUUCUCAAACAGAACAGGCCGAGAAAAAGCAUUCGUCGUUGGAGAAACGCUUCGAGCAUAUUAGUGACAAUUACAGCACGAGACUUAGGCAACUCGAGAAGCUUCCUGAGAGAGUCGUUGGCCUGGAGCGAGUCGAAAAGAUGUACUUCAGAAACAUCAAGAGGUCUCUCAAGGCUAACGGCUUGGAUUUGGAAAUUAUGCCUCCUGGUGACAAACCCGAAGAGUCGGCUAUACCAGCAAAAGAGGUAUCUACUGAGGUAGAUUCUCCCAGUAGCUCGCAGUCUUCACCGGCAUCGCCCCAGGCGCCUGUGUCUCUACCAGGACUCCAAGCGAGUCGAUGGGCAGUCCCUGUCUCUGGUUCUCCUACGAAGCCAGUUUCCCGUCCCCCAGGAGGACCAGCAUCUAGUUUUUCUCCAAAGACAGCUGCCUCACCUGUUUCCCCUGGGUCUAGGACCGCAGGUCCAGUCCCCGACCUACCGUCAUCAAAGCCACCACCUGAGACUAAGACAGAGACCAGGGGUUCCAGUUCGUCAGAGCCUCAGACCCGGCCACCGGAACAGGAGCCGGCAUCAAGCCAAAGCGCUGAGAAAUCUGCAUCUCCUACCACUCAGGCCGCGGAUCCAGCUCCAGGCCCAAGUCCCGAUGCUCCAGAAUCGUCAAAGGAACAAGCACCAAGUGAGAACCAAAACGCGGAAUCCAAGCCUUCACCAAAAGAACCAGCCUCAGCUAGCCAUGGGGACACUACUACUACUCCUAUUACUACAGACCCAUCGCCACAGGCUUCUUCUCCCGCGAAUCCCACCCCGUCAGCCUCCCGGACAGGAGAUUCGUCGCCGACGCUCUCACAGUCGACUCCCGAAUUGCAGUCAAAGGAGUCAAAGGAGAAGCAACAGUCCAGUUCAGAAAAAGCGGCGGAAUCCGCACCUCAACCAUCGCCCGUACGGUCCCUGAUGCAAAGCCGCUGGGCCACCGAUGACGGUGAUGCGCCAGCACCAGCGCCGACGUCACCUUCUACUUUCAAUUCGCCAGGUAGCAGAGGCAGGGGCAAUUGGAGUAGCGGAGGUAGAGCUGGUGGUAGAGGCAGAGGCAGAGGUAGAUAG